AUGCGAUUACCUAUCAUACAAAAAGAUUUUAUAGAGUUGGAGAAUGUAAGCUUUUCUGAAGACUACAUGGAAAAAAGACGUUCUUGUAGUUCUGAUUCCUUUACCUUACAAACUUCAACAGAAUUAACGAAUGAUAAGGAGUUGGAAAAUAGUAAACAUUUAUAUGUUCCUUCAAACCAAGUAACAUCAAUUGUAAUAGAAAGGUUUCGAACUCAAAAGUCAAUAAAAAGUGAAUAUAUUGAAGUUUGUGAUAUCGACGAUGACUCUGACAGUGAUCCCGUGGGAAAAAUCAAGAAACAAAAAAUACUUGAUAUUGGUGAUGUUCAUAGGGAAAGAAAUUUGGCAUACGAGGCAAUGCCUCCUUUAAUAAUAUCAGUAGUAGGAUUAAUGUUUGCUGGUUGGCUUCUAGAUUUAGUGCAACAUUGGCCAGUUUUUAAUGAAGUUCCCGAAUUAUUUGUUUUGGUACCAGUUCUAUUAAAUCUGAAAGGCAACCUUGAAAUGAAUUUAGCAUCUCGAUUAUCAACUUCGGCGAAUUUAGGUGAAUUAGAUAAGUCUUCUGUUCGGUAUGAAUUAAUUUGGGGUAAUCUUGCUGUUCUUCAAGUACAAUCAUUGAUUGUUGGUGCAGUUGCCGGAUUAUUUUCCUUUACGGAAGGAGUAAUCUUUCAUCCGAUUCACGUGAGUACUUACAGCGAAAUAAUGUUGAUAAUAGUUUCAUCAAUGGUAUGCGCAGCUUUAAGUAGCAUGAUUUUGGGAACUUUUAUGUGUAUUCUUAUAAUAUUAUCUCAAAGGUUUCGCAUAAAUCCAGACUUGCUCACCUUAAUUAUUCUUGCGAAUUGUGGUGAAUUUCUACUACGUUAUGUUCAAACUUAUAUUAGUACCAUAAUGUUCAUGAUAUUAGCAACUAGUGCAUUCUUAUGGAUACGUAUGGCCUGGGUUAAUAAAUAUGUACGAGAUCUAUUAAUAAAUGGAUGGACGCCGUUGUUCAUUGCGAUGAUUAUUUCAAGUGUGGCUGGUUUGGUUUUAGAAAAAUAUAUUGAACAAUAUACCGGACUGGCACUUUUAACACCUGUACUUAAUGGUGUCACUGGUAACCUUGGAUCCAUAUAUGCGUCAAGAAUAUCCACCCGACUUCACGGCGGUGGUGAAGAAGAUUAUCGUCGAUCCGAAAUAACACUGUUUCUUAUUCAUAUACCAAUUGAAGUUGGAUUUUUAAUUUUUGUAUGGUGGUCUGACGUUGGACAUGUCAACCUUUCAAUAAAUUUUUUAAUUAUUUAUCUAAUUGUCUCGGUUCUUUGUUUAAUGUUUACGCUCAUACUUGCAAAGAAAUUGACUCUUUGGUUAUGGAAUCAUAAAUAUGAUCCAGAUAAUUAUUCUUUGCCUUACAUAACUGCCAUAGUGGAUGUUAUAGGUACAGGAUUAUUGGUAUUAUGUUAUUGGGGAUUACAAUAUUUUUAG